UGCAUCAUGGCUCAAGUUGGGUGCGGUCCAGGACCAGGAGUCGCCAGUAAUAAUCGCCGUCUGAUUCGCAAAAACCAUGUCAUUGGGACUAUAAGUAGGAGGCACUACUGCGUUUGAAUCUCGUGUCCGUCACAGAAAGCAGGCAGCUCUGCGUAGCGCAGACGAUUUGGGCUCGAGAGUGUUGUUACGGGUCGCAUUCGCUACUACUUUGCGACGCGAACUCGCCGAAGAGCCGUUUCCAUGGUUUAAGGAGGUACAUUAUAUCGAAUCCUCUUCGGGGCCGAAAGCCCGGUGAUGGCGUUAUCCUUCAGGUCAAAACCCAUGUCGUUAGGCGACGUGCGCUAUUGCGCACUCGUUUUAUUUCUCGCGUGCAUCGUGGUCGCGAUCUGCUCUAGUAGGCUUUUCGUGUUAGACUCUAGCGAGAUUCUGUCACCUAUACCGCUCGCCCUGUCAGAAUUUGUGUUCAGCGACGAGAGUAGGGUAGUAGGAGUUGGAGAAGAUAAAGCAGUCAGGUUGAGAAGAGAGGAAGAAGGUAGGCUUUCCGGAGAUGACGUGGCAAUUGCAAAUCCAUCCCAGCCGUUGAUCCCUGGAACGCGACUUUCCACCAUAUAUGCGGUUCGGCAAUUCGAGAGCAGAUUUGAUUGUCUAGCGUCGAGAGGACAGUGGAUAUUUGACCCUACUCCGAGAUUCCUACCCUGGGAUGGAACACUUAGAAUUCGGUACUCCUCCUGCGACUACUGGUGGAUCACAGAUGCUCAGAAGAACAUUUCCGGGCUGAAUGGUGGUUCUGGGGCAUCUGCAUUUCGGAACAUUGCAUAUGACGACGCGGAUGGAGUGGCUCGGAGGAGGGGAGCCAAAGCAGUGUGGCAGGUUCGGCCGAGCGUGAAGUUUCGAUGGGAAUUGCCGAACCAGCAAGGGGGUGACGGUUCAAGAGAGCGGGGAGGGGGGGGAGGAGGGUUGGAAGAGUGUGGAGGACGGGAGUGGUGGGGAGAGGUGGACUGUCAACGGUUGAAAGCUGGGCUGGUCCCCAAUGGAGGGAAGAUCAUGAUAGUGGGAGAUUCGUUAAACUUAGAGGUGUUUGCUGCCUUCAAGAACCUCAUGAGUAUGUGCCAGAAGAAGUGUUUUUUUGACGUGCGAACGAAAUGGCGAGAGGAAAGCCGGCAGCAGUGGCUGCAGAGGCAGCAGAGGGCCCUUCAGCAGCAACAGCAGCAGCAGCAGCCACGAAGGCAACAGCUGCAGGGGCAAGAGAACCAUCAGCACCAACAGGAGGUGAAACUGCAGGAGAACCACCAGCAGCCGCAGCACUGGGAAAGUCGGGAUGAGUGGCGGCUGCAGCAACAGCAGGAGAAUGAGAAGCAGCAGCAGCAACCGCAGGAGAGACAGGAGCAGCAGCUGGUGAGGCGGCAGCUACAGCAGCAGCAGCUGCAGCAGCAGUUAGCAAAUAGGUUCAAGCAGGAGUGCCCCGGAGUAGAGAUUCUUGGUCAGGAGUCCUGUGCGGAGCAUCGGAGGAUCCCUGAAAUCAGCUGGCAGUGCGGAGAAAUACGGUAUGGGAACACUACAGUACUGUUCAUCCGGAAUGACCUUCUAAACACGUCGGACGAUCACUUGAUUGAGAUCCCUCGCUGCAUCAACACGCCUUGGAUGAGGACGCUCAAGAAGGAAAAGCAUAACGUGUCGGUGCUUCUAUUGAAUCGUGGAGCGCACUAUGAAGAGAAUGGCCUGUUCAUCCCUGAACUCAAUGCUACACUCCAUGAAGUUAGAGAAGCUGCACCGAAUACGCUUGUCAUCUAUCGGAGCACAGCUGUGGGUCAUCCCAAUUGCACGAGGGCUAUCGUCAAUCCGUACAACGAACCUCCUGACGCUAGUUCCUUCCCUUACCAUUGGGGCGACUUUCACGAGCAAAACGUCAUUUCAAAACGUUUGGUAAGAGAAAUUGGAGGGAUUUUCAUGGAUGUGGAACGGAUGACGGCUUUGAGACCUGAUGGUCACAUGAGGCCUCCCACGGAUUGCUUGCAUUAUUGCCUUCCAGGGCCUCUAGACACUUGGGUUAGGAUGUUUUACCACAUGCUUAUACAAUUGUUGUAGUUUGCAAGGAUACUUAGUCCUUGCAAUUUCUAGUAGUUCAUUUUAGUUCCACAG